AUGAAGGGAAAACCAGCUGCACAACUGGGUUGUUGCCACAAGACCAAGGCACUGGGGGACUAGGGGGACUCCCGGACCCCCAGCCAGGACUUCUAGCUCUGCCAAGGUGACCAGCUCUCCUCAGCCUACAGGCCACUUCUGGACACAAUGGAUGCUCAUGGCUCUUCUUGUGCCAGCUGGCCAUGCUCCUCGAUAAGGACACCAGCCAGGUCCUCCCUGCUGGCCUUCCCCCAGCGCCUGGACCUAUACUUGUAUGCUCUGUAGCUGGCAACCUUGGGCACAGCCCCACAAGGUCUCAGAGAGGACAAAGAGGACACUUCAACCAUAAAGCACUGGGCCCCAGGGCUGCACACCAGCUCCACUGAUGAUGAAAAGCUCACAGCCGAGUAUCCACUAAGCAAGGACAAGAUGGAAAGCCAGCCUGAAACAGCUGGCCACGGGGCCCCCUGUCCAUCCCUGACUCCUGGAAACAGCUCCACUCCAACCUCCCAGCUGAACAGAAAGAGCCUUAGCCCCUCAGCAUUCUGCCCCAGCCCUCCUGUCCCCAUCUCCAAGGAGCUCCCAUUCCACUUCCUCCCCUUCUACCCCAGGUACCCGCUUCUCCUGCCUCUGCCUUACCUGUUCUCCUAUGGGGCCCUACCUUCUGUCCAGUGUCCCCACCUCUUCAUACUGCCCCAAGACAUUACCUACCCCACCAUGGCUGCACCCAGCUUGCUGAUGACAGCCGAUGAGCCUGGGCACCACAGUGUUCCAGGGCAGACCCUGCUUUGCAACCCUGGGCCCUUCCAAGCCUCUGGCCAUGCCAUGCCCUCCCGGACCCAGGAUCCAUCCUUGGGAAUGGAGUGGGCUGGCAUGACAGCUCCAGGGAAGCGGGCCUCAAUGGGAUCCCGGGCAGGCACCUCGGCCCUCCCCUACCCUCUGAAGAAAGAAAACGGCAAAAUCCUGUAUGAGUGCAACAUGUGCAGCAAGAGCUUUGGACAGUUCUCCAACCUUAAGGUCCACCUGCGCGUGCACAGUGGGGAGCGGCCGUUCCAGUGUGCCCUGUGCCAGAAGAGCUUCACCCAGUUCGCCCACCUUCAGAAGCACCACUUGGUGCACACUGGGGAGCGGCCCCACAAGUGCCGGACGUGCCAGAAGUGCUUCAGCAGUUCCAGCAACCUCAAGACUCACCUGUGCCUGCACGUCCAGUGCAGUGUCUGCCCAAAUCACUUCACCCAGCUUGUCCAUUGGAAGCUGCACCAACAGCUCCACACUCCACAACCCGGCGGCCUGGCUCACCCCCACCUGCCCCUGGGCUCUCUUCCCUGCCUUGCCCAAUGGCACCAGCGAGCAUUGGAUCUUGUUGCGGAGCCCUCAGAGAAACAGAUGGGUUGGGACAUGGACAGGGUCAAGGUGUCCUUGGUAUCCCAGGGAAAGCCAGGGCAGCCAGCCUGAGCCAACACUGCUCAGAGGAGAGGGCAAGGGCAGAGCAAUUAAAGGAUUUUCAAAAUGA